GUUGCGUCGUAGUCGCUCAGAGUAAAAGUCCGUUGCGAUCUCCCGUCAGUUGUGCGGAAGACUCCGGUCGUGACGGUCAACUUCGUGUAGCUCCGCCUCUACUAAUCUAAACCCGCGAUUUGUAUUUGUUUUAUCCCAAUUGGUGUAAGUGUGAUUUUAAAUUGUGCCAGGAUUUUCGUAAGUUUUGAGUAACCACGAUGAUUCUUCCGCCCACAAAAGUGUCAGUUAAUCCCCAAAGAUGAUCCAGUGAUAAAGUGAGUGAGAAGCAGUGAAAAAAACCCUAAAUGCCGGUCAAGUUAUCUUCAGGGCGUGUUUUAGCGACAUAAUUAAACUUUGAGCCCUGAUUUAAGCUCUGAGAUAAAAAAGUCAUCCCCAGUUCCAAUUUCGGACAUCUGGAUGAAGAUUUUCACUAACCUGGACUAAACCAACCCGCUGGAGGCAAAAAGCCGGGAGAUGUUAACCUCAGCGUCUUUUUUGAAGACUCGGAGGUCGUCAGAAUUGCUGCGGUCCGAAUCAAAGCACCCAAUAAAAAAUGACCUGUGCUUGAAAGGCUGCAUCUGGUAGAAACGUCGAAACUCUGCCGGAAACCAAGCUAAUUCCGGUCAGAAAUGAGCUACCGCUGGCUGGCUCUCGACCACUUAUUGGUUGCCUGGAUUUGGAUCUUAUCGCUGUCAUUGUCUUUGCGAAGCAGCGUCCUGGCGGUGACCAGCUCACCAAGUUCCUUGAAGUACGAUUUACCAGCACAGUGCACAAUUCAGCAAGAGACCUGGUUGAGCUGCGUCCACACUCACUGGGGCAGCUCCCACUUGAACAUUUCAAGAGUUCUAGGGGAAUACGUGACUGCCCUGACGAUAAUCUGCGAGGAUAAUCUGCAAGCAUCAAUCAUAUCCAAGGAAAAUUCAGGAGCUGGGGGUGACCUUGAAGCGGCCAAGCUGGUGGAGGAGUACUUGCACCUAUGGAGGCUGAAGGACUUGAAGGUGCUGGGCUGCCAGGUGAGGAGCUGGUCAGGAAAGGUCCUGGCAGGGUUCCAUGACUUGCGGAACUUGACAGUCAGAGGAGCUAGCCAGGAUCGCAAGAAUCAGGAUGUCUUUGAAUUGGAAAAAGGCGCCUUUGAGAUCACCCGGCUGAUCGAGAAGAUGGACCUGUCUGGGAACAACAUCUGGCAGCUUCCUGAAGGGGUCUUCUGCCCGUUGACGAGCUUGGUGACGCUGAACGUGUCUUGGAACAUGUUGAAGGACGUGGCGGAGUUGGGGUUCAGUGAUUACAGUGUCGGUGUUUCUAAGCGGGACGUUGAUUCCGCUCCGGUGGUGACGCAAAUGACAUGUUCGCUGGACAUCCAGAGCUUGGAUGUGUCGAACAACCAGAUUUCAGUCCUGCCGUCUCAUGGGUUCUCCUCACUGCAGAGGCUUAGAACGCUCAAUGUGUCUGGAAAUGUAAUCAGAGUGGUUGACGAUGCGGCUUUGAAGGGGCUGAGAUCCCUUGAAGUAUGCGAUCUGUCUAGCAAUCGGAUUGUCGCCCUCCCGGCAGGAAUGUUCGAAGACGCGACUAAUACUCUGAAGGAGCUGAGACUCCAGAAUAACUCGAUCAGCGCAUUGGCGCCAGGAUUGCUGAUCAACAUGAGCCAGCUUGUCACUCUGGAUUUAUCCAGGAACAUGCUUACUAGUUCUUGGCUAGACGGUAAUACCUUUGCCGGUCUGGUGAGAUUGGUGCUCUUGGAUUUAUCAAGAAACAAGAUUAACAAGAUCGACCCGGAGUUGUUCAAAGACCUCUACACCCUUCAGAUUCUCAACCUCCAGUUCAAUGAAAUAGAAAUCAUUCCGGCUGAUACGUUUUCUCCGAUGAGAAAUCUGCAUACGCUUGAAUUGUCGCACAACAGACUUACGUACCUGGAUGCUUACUCGCUCAACGGACUGUACGUUUUGUCGUUGCUGUCGUUGGAUUCUAACGCUCUGGAAGGCAUCCACCCUGACGCGCUUCGUAACUGCUCCAACAUGCAGGAUCUCAAUCUAUCUGGAAACAACUUUGAGUAUAUUCCAAUUGCGCUGAAGGACAUGCGGCUGUUAAGAACUCUUGACCUGGGUGAGAACCAAAUAAAAACUCUCGACAAGCCCGGUUUCCGUGGAAUGACCAGUUUGUACGGGCUCAGAAUGAUCGGCAAUGAAAUAGUUAAUGUGACUCGUGGUGCUUUCGCAGAGCUUCCUAAAUUGCAGAUUCUAAAUCUCGCAAGAAACAAGAUAGAGUACAUUGAAUACGGAGCGUUUGCAAGCAAUGAAACCUUGCAAGCGAUCAGACUGGAUGCUAACUACCUUCAGGACAUGACAGGUGUCUUCGCCAACACUCCCGGGCUGCUCUGGCUGAACAUGUCCGACAACCAGAUCAACCACUUCGACUACGCAUUGCUUCCCGAGAAGCUUCAAUGGAUGGACUUGCACAAAAACAAAAUCCAAGACCUGGGAGUCGCCCCCAGCAAUCUUCACCUCCAAACCCUGGACGUCUCCUUCAACGAGCUGACUCGCAUCGACCCCAAAUCCGUCCCAGACUCCAUAGAGCUUCUGUUCGUCAACGACAACAAGAUCCACACCGUCGAGCCCAAGACCUUCUACGACAAGGUAAAUCUGACCCGCGUGGACCUCUACGCGAACCAGAUCGUUAAGAUGGACCUCUCUGCUUUGCAACUUAGCCAAAUUCUUGAAACCCGGGCUCUUCCUGAAUUCUACAUUGGAGGGAACCCAUUUAUCUGUGACUGCACGAUCGAGUGGCUUCAAAGGAUAAAUUCACUGUCACUCCGACAGCACCCACGUGUCAUGGACUUGGAACUAGUCUACUGUCGGCUUCCGUACAAUCGACACCGUUCCUUUGUGUCGCUGUUGGAAGCCAAGCCAUCUCAAUUCCUGUGUACCUACAAAGCCCAUUGCUUUGCUCUGUGCCACUGCUGUGACUUUGACGCCUGUGACUGCGAGAUGACCUGUCCGAGUAACUGCACAUGCUACCACGACCAGUCCUGGUCAGCAAAUGUCGUAGAUUGCUCCAAUUCUGACUACAGAACCUUACCGGGGCGGCUGCCCAUGGAUGCAACUGAGGUUUACCUAGACGGUAACAACUUUAGCGAGCUCACCUCCCAUUCCUUCAUCGGCCGCAAGAACCUGGAGGUGCUCUACGUCAACGACAGCAACAUCAUCACAAUUCACAAUCAUACCUUCAGCGGAUUGAAGCGGCUGGUGGUUCUGCACCUGGAGAACAACAGGAUAGGUCGACUGAACGGCCCGGAACUGAUCCCACUGGAGAACCUGAAGGAGCUGUACCUCCAGAACAACCUCCUGGCGUACAUUGACAAUGGAACCUUCAAUGCUCUGACCCACUUGGAGGUUCUCAGGCUGGACAACAACAAGCUCAAGACCUUCGCGCUCUGGCAGUUGUCCUUAAACCCUUAUUUGGUGGACAUCAGCAUCUCCAGCAACCCUUGGAGCUGCGAGUGCGGAUUCCUGGACCAGGUCCGCGACUGGAUGACCAAGAACCAGGUCAAGAUCUCCGAUUGGAAGCGGGUUACUUGCGAAUUGGGGAUGCCCAUCAACCUGGUGGUCAACGGAACGGUGGUAAAUUGUGCUGCGUUGACCGGAACCACUUCCGCAAUUGAAACCAGGCAGCUGGAGGCUUACCUGCCGCUCCUGCUGGCCACUGCGGUGCUGUUCUUCGCGAUGGUCGCUUUGAUCUGUGGAGCGUUCAGGCACAGGAGGACGCUCAGGGCCUGGGCAGCCAGCAGGUGCGGAUUAAGAGCCUGCUACAAGACCGCGGCCUUUGAGGACCGGGAGAAACCCUUCGAUGCUUACAUCUCCUAUUCGGCCGUUGACGAAAAUUUCGUGUCGAGGGUCCUGGUUCCCGGUCUGGAGUCGUCUUACAGGCUCUGUCUGCACUACAGGGACCUUGGAGCUGGAGCCAAUGUUGCGGACGCUGUUGCGGAGGCUGCGGACUCCUCCAGGAGGACCAUUCUUAUCUUGUCCAGGAAUUUCCUGCAUGGAGAGUGGUCCAGGUUCGAGUUCAAGGCCGCACUCAGGGAGGCUCUCAGGGGCAAGGGCAGGUCCGUUAUUUUGUUACUUGUUGGAGGCGUCUGCCCCAGGGAUCUUGACGCUGAUCUGAGGAAGAGGAUUUCUUCGCACACGGUUCUCGUUUGGGGGGAUAAGCUGUUCUGGCAGAAAUUAAAGUUCGCCAUGCCUGAUGUCUCGCCGAUUCCUGUGCUAGAGAGACCUCUGCCUUUGCCACCUCCUCCUCCACCGCCUUCGCAACAUUUGUGGGCAUAGGAACAUGAUUCUGAUGGGAAUCCUAGCCGGAGGUAUUAUCGAACUUUAUCCACGUAUGGAGUCCCUGGAUAUCACCAAAAGAAUAAACCCCGGACUAUCGAGACAAUUCUAUCAACUUAUGAUCAAGAAGAAAUAAUCACAAUCGCGCUGGAGUAUAACUAAAAAUAAUAAAAAUAAUUUUUUCAAGACUAAAUAAAAUAACUUAAAGAUUCGAUCGAAAAAAGAAGACUCGUGAUAGCUUUCGUAGGAUAAUAAAACUAAAACUAAAACUAAAACUAAAACUAAAUAAAUGGACAUUAUUAGUGCAAAAGUAACUAAGAAGUAAAAAAUAAAAAGAAAUAAAAGUACUUGUAUAUCUUAUAUCGCAACGAAUUACGCAUUUUUCUCUCGCUAAUUGGUCGAUCGUUGAAUUUACAUAUUGAUCACGUUUAUUAAAGAAAUUUAUAUUUAAAAAAU